AUAAUUGUGACAGAAAAUAAGAAAUCCGCUCUCAUCCAUGACGUGAAUAAUUAUUUCACCUUUUUGUGGCCAAGCUCCACCUUUAUAUUCAAGAAGAAAAUGAUUGCAGACUCACUUCGAAGAUUUGCUCAGGAGAACUUUAGCGACAAGUACUUACCAGUCCUCCACGGUGAAACAGGCAAUGUCAAGCCUUUGGCACUUGUAGUCAAACAACGUCGGUCGAUAUGGAAGCGUCCUUUUGCAAAAUUGGAAAUGGUAAUUCUUGCAGGACUUGAGAGAUAUGUGGAGAGUGGCGGAGAAGAAGCAUUCCUUGAAUCCGUUAGGUCCAAAAUCACAAAAGAAGAGUUCUUAAAGACACAAAAAGUUGGCAUGGGGUCAAGUUCUCAUGAGCUCCGCGUAGAGAUAGGAGGACAUGUAACCGAGGGAACGUUCAAAUCAAGUGAUGAGCAGGGAGUCCUGAAGCUUGGCAACUUAAGUCAGGACUACAUUUCAGACCCAGAUCUCCGCACUGUACUGGCUAAUGCAGAACUGGAUGCCAAAAGAAUGAAGGAUUUUGAGGAUCAAGAGCUACUUCUUGCAACGUCUGUGAUUUACAGCGAUAAAUUUGUGCUUAGAGGGAAAAGAAAGCGUCAGGUGGAGAUGCCGCCGUUUGUCCAGAUUCUACUACCACAUCUGAAAGCGCAUUGUAAGGGGACGUACAUUCCCCCAGAAGUGGCAUCAAGAACUUUACGAGCGCCAUUUCUCUUCAAGUGUUGCCGCGUUGGCUACAAUAAAGAAGUCAAUCGACUGGAAAUCCGCAAAGGAGAGUACGUGGGUAAGACUGUUACAGCGGAUUUGGACCACUCAACCAAAAUGCAAGAUGCUGAGUAUAGCGACUCACUGCCAGUAGAGAUAUAUACGGAUGAAGAUGACGAUUUGUCAGAUUCUUUGACUGCCGAAGAUAUUGUUAAACUGGACAUUAUCAAAAAAGAAGUGCUGCUUGCGGAAAGGACUUUAGAACGACGUAAAGCGCGAGUUAACAAAUAUCUACAAUGGUUUGAACGGGUAUUGACCACAGACCAAAAGGAGCUGUUGCUUGAUGAGCCAUUGACUUCAGAAGACUGCAAGUUUCUAAAAAGCAUCGCCCUUCCUUUCUCCAAGAAUUCUACUAAGCUUGAUCUGUCAUCUUUCACGAAGGAAGACAUUCAGGGAUAUGGAAUUGUCUUUAAAGUGCUAAGUGAGUUACCAGAUGAGCAAUGGAGUGAACUGGAGACGACUUUGGAUGAGUAAACUGAACAAGCUGGCUACAGACAGAACCAUUCCAAAUGUGGUGUUUAAAGGAUAACGUUUUCUUAAUUAAUGCCCUCCUUACUUCUUUGUUACUUAAUGAAAUUCGAUUGCAAUAAUUGUGACCCAAGGGUCGUUAAAAAUGUCGUUAGAUUAUCAAGGUAUUAGGAAUAAUUUCACAAGCAGCAAUAUAUAUCAAGCUGCAAUUAUAGGUCUUUAAAACUCCGAAAAAGUUGUAAAGAAGAGGUGCAUUCGCGGUUAAAUAAAGGUAUUCUCUUAC